CCUUAAUCCCCAUCUAACCCCAGUAUUUGUCCUCCUCCACCCAGCCGCCAAACCUUCUCGAAGCUUCCUCGCCCCGCCCCGCCCCGCCCCCGAUCCGAUCGGACCGCCCGCCCGCCAUGGCCGACGAGGCGAAGGCCAAAGGUAAUGCGGCCUUCUCGGCCGGCCGCUUCGAGGAGGCGGCGGGGCACUUCUCCGACGCCAUCGCGCUCGCCCCCGCCAACCACGUGCUCUACUCCAACCGCUCGGCGGCGCUCGCCUCGAUCCACCGCUACUCCGACGCGCUCGCCGACGCCGAGAAGACCGUCGAGCUCAAGCCCGACUGGGCCAAGGGCUACUCGCGCCUCGGCGCCGCCCACCUCGGCCUCGGCGACGCCGCCAGCGCCGCCGCCGCCUACGAGAAGGGCCUCGCCCUCGAUCCCAGCAACGAGGGCCUCAAGGCCGGCCUCGCUGAUGCCAAGAAGGCCGCGGCCGCCCCGCCGCGCCGCGCGCCGUCUGGCGGCGCCGACGCCAUCGGCCAGAUGUUCCAGGGCCCCGAGCUCUGGACCAAGAUCGCCUCCGACCCCGCUACGCGCGCCUACCUCGACCAGCCGGACUUCAUGCAGAUGCUGCGGGAGGUGCAGAGGAAUCCCAGCAGCCUCAACACGUACCUAUCCGACCCGCGCAUGAUGCAGGUGCUCAGCCUCAUGCUUAACAUCAAGAUCCAGACGCCCCAGGACUCCGAUUUCCCGCAGUCUUCCUCGCCGCCGCAGCAGCAGAAGCAGCAACCCGAGACAAAGGCGAGGGAGAUGGAGCCUGAGCCACAACCGGAGCCGAUGGAGGUGUCUGACGAGGAGAAGGAGCGGAAGGAGAGGAAAGCUGCUGCCCAGAAGGAGAAGGAGGCAGGGAAUGCAUCCUACAAGAAGAAGGACUUCGAGACGGCGAUCCAGCAUUACACAAAGGCCUUGGAACUUGAUGACGAGGACAUCUCCUACCUCACUAACCGAGCAGCGGUGUACAUCGAAAUGGGCAAGUACGAUGAGUGCAUUGAGGACUGUGAUAAGGCUGUGGAGAGGGGAAGAGAACUUCGUGCUGAUUUCAAGAUGGUUGCAAGGGCACUAACAAGAAAAGGAACUGCUCUGGCCAAACUCGCUAAGAACUCCAAGGACUAUGAUAUUGCCAUUGAGACUUUCCAGAAGGCUCUAACUGAGCAUCGGAAUCCAGACACUCUUAAAAGGCUAAAUGAGGCUGAGAAGGCAAAGAAAGACUUGGAGCAACAAGAGUAUUAUGACCCAAAGUUAGCUGAUGAGGAGAGGGAGAAAGGUAAUGAGAUGUUCAAGCAGCAGAAGUAUCCAGAAGCAAUAAAGCACUACAAUGAGGCUAUCAGGAGGAACCCGAAGGAUGCUAGGGUGUACAGUAAUAGGGCUGCAUGCUACACCAAGUUGGGAGCCAUGCCUGAAGGUCUUAAGGACGCAGAGAAGUGUAUUGAGCUAGACCCAACCUUCACCAAAGGGUAUACAAGAAAAGGUGCAGUUCAGUUUUUCAUGAAGGAAUACGAAAAGGCAAUGGAAACUUACCAGGCUGGGUUGAAGUAUGACCCGAAUAACCAGGAACUGCUUGAUGGUAUCAGGAGGUGUGUUGAGCAGAUCAACAAGGCUAACAGGGGUGACAUAAGUCAGGAAGAUUUGCAGGAGAAACAGAGUAAAGCUAUGCAGGACCCGGAAAUCCAGAACAUCCUUACCGAUCCUAUCAUGCGACAGGUGUUGAUGGAUUUCCAGGAGAACCCUAGGGCUGCUCAGGAUCAUCUAAAGGACCCUGGAGUGGCACAGAAGAUCCAAAAGCUCAUAAACGCUGGAAUAGUCCAAACGAGAUGAUCAAGCAAAGCUUAGAAGCCAGGGGCGUUUGUAUUGAGAUUGUGCUCAGUUGUGUCACCACUGUACACUGCUUCUCUGCCCAGUGUGAACGAACUUCUAUUGUAUGCCAUGGGGCUUUUCCAGUUGGAUUCGUGAGUACAGCCUGCCACAUCGUUAUUCCUGUUUACGGCUAUUAUGUUACAGUUUUAUAUGUGGGCAAUGUCCCAUAUUAUUAGUUGUAGCCGUUUCCGCCUUUACAGUGGACAAAGAGAACAGUUUAGUAUUAUUGUAUUUUAUUUCUUGCUUUAGGGAAAUGCUGUCAAUGGAGAAAAUUUAUUGUCGCCU